AUCUAUGACGAAAUAUCUGACGUCACAGAACAACAAAAAUGGCUGACCUCGGAGGGGAGGAGCUGCCGCAGAUUGAAGAAAGUUCCGAACAACCGUCGACUUCUCGCGAAGAAGAUGUGGAAAUCGUCGAACCAGUCAAGAAAAGGGCAAAGAAGGAUUACGGGGACGGUAGGCGGCCGGAAGAAGACAGACUAGAGAGAAGACUGAACGGAAUUCUGUGCUGCACUGUUUGCCUGGACCUGCCCAAAUCUGCUGUUUACCAGUGUACAAAUGGACACCUGAUGUGUGCCGGCUGUUUUACACACCUGUUAGCGGAUGCUAGGCUGAAGGACGAGCAGGCGUCCUGCCCGGGAUGUCGCACGGACAUCAGUCGCGGGAACUGCUCCCGCAACCUGGCUGUGGAGAAGGCAGUAAGCGAGCUGCCGGCAAACUGUCAGUAUUGUAGCUGCCAGUACCCUCGGAGCAAGCUGGAGAAACAUGAGACUGAGGAGUGUCAGGACAGGUUGACAAAUUGCAAGUACCGUCGCAUUGGCUGCCAGUGGAGAGGACCGUUCCAUGAGCACAAAGAACACGAACAGGACUGUUGCCAUCCAAAAAAGAGUGGGGCAGACAUAACGGAGGCCUUGGAUGUAAUAGACCUAAAGCACAAGGAGGAACUGGAAUUGUUCAACCAUAUUUUCAACCUCCUCUCCUUUGAGAAGAUUGGCUUCGCUGAUAUCCAGCUGCGCCCCUACCGUACGGAUGAGUUCAUCACACGUCUCUACUACGAGAGCCCGCGCUUCACGGUUCUCAACCAGACCUGGGUGGUGAAGGCGCGCAUCAACAACAACGAUCGCGAGCCCAACCUGACGGUGCAUCGCCAGAUCAGCUACCAGAUCAUCCUCAAGUCAAAGGUGAACACCAACAUAGACAUGAACUUCCUGGUGAUGAAGGGACCAUACGAUGACGUGAAACUCGAGGCGGCAGUCAAGCGCUUCCAGUUCUCCUCGGACAGCCUGGAGACAGAUUACUACGAGUUCCCCCUGGUCACCGCCGCCGAGUGUAACAAGCUGCUCGCUGCCAGGAACAUCAACCUGCGGAUAUUCAUGUUCCAGGCUCCGAAGUAGCCUGGCAUCAACCCGUGGAUACUCGUGUUCAUUCUCAAGGUUCAGAAGUACUUGCAGUGCUCAUGGUGGAACAGUCAGUUGCAGCUUUGUUAUACUCCAAUAAACAUCGGAACAAAUUUUGCUCAUCUUGCCAACGUAUAGACAGAGAAUGGAGAGAGAACAAUCCCUAAAUAAACUAAACCACAUCUCAUGACUGUGAAGAAAGUAACAUUACAUGUACAAGAAGGAUUCUGUAAUUUCUGAGUCUACCAGCAUCUGUGUCAUCGAUAGCAUUUUGUCGUCUGCAAACCAUCCAGAAAAUAUGAUAAUGCUCUCACUACGAAGCCAAGUAAUGUAAAGUGAUUUUAAGUUUCAACAACAUAAUAUUGUAAUAUAUAUUUUAAACCAUAAUGAAAUUUUAAUACAGUGUGGUAAAUUAACAAUAUGCUGAUGUAAAGCCAGUUGAAUGUGUGCAAGAAUGUCAGAGAAAUACUUUAACUGUAAACAUGAUAAAGAAUGCAGUUUUGCCUAACAAACUGCAAAUAUCGUAAUGUUAGUCUAAGAUUUCUAGAUAUUUAACUGCUAGAAACAGCAGUCAGAAAGGGACUGUGAUAAACAUACAUAUUCUAUCCUUAAAGACUCCUUUAAUAACCCUGUAGCUACUGUCUCUGGAUUAAUCUUUAAAAUUCAGAUGUAUACUAUUAGGUACAUGUACAAGUUUAAGCACAGAAUGUUAGCAGGACAAUAUUCCCGUUUAUCAGGCUCCAAUUUUGUCUUCUGCA